GGCCCACAAAACAAUUGUCCUUCCGUCCAUGGCCCCUGUCAGUUUUGACCAAGAGCAAUUGUUGCCAGACACUCCACGGCUGGGCUGCAUGUCAAGUUUAAAGGUGGUUCUGGUUUCUCAACAUGAAGAGAAGGCUGAAUCUCGUUCACUCACUUUUGUUUGUCUUCUUCAUUUAACGCGUUCUUUUUCUCUAUUCUCUCUUCCAAACUAAACCGCCCAACUCGAAGCAAUGAAUGCCAACGCCAUCACAGAGAACGAGGGAUCCCUCGACUGGGCCGGACAUGAGGCUGAGAUCCGUGAUCUCUACUUGGGACAGAAGUGGAAUCUCCCCAACGUUAGAAGGCAUAUGAAAGAAAAAUACGGGUUUGACGCAACCGAGAGACAGUACAAGUUUCGCUUCGGUGGCCGCAAGAAUGUGACAUCUGACGAAUGGGACUUUGUUGGUCGCGAACGCCAACGCCGGGCCGCGCUCGGCAAAGAGACGAUAGUUUGUUUCCGUGGCGAGCCUUUGCCAGCGGAGCGUGUCGACCGCGGCAUCGCUCGCAGCCGAAAGCAUGGCUCCGGGCCUAAUGAUCGAGUCAAUAAACGGAAGCCGACCCUGAGGGGGCAGACACAAGCUGCGGUCCGAAGCAGGAUCACCUUUCGAACCCCGCCCUCUCAACCGAACCAUCUCUUCACUUCCAUCCACAACCAGCCACAUGGCCAGAUUAACGCAGAUUUGCUAUCUAGGGUUGGCGAUGACUCCUCUCCGCGUCCGGCAAUUGUUGCAGCGUCGUUUGAUGAUAUCGAGAUGAUCCCUUGCGGGGCGAUUAGUAUGUCUCUCGAUGCUAACCUAUCUGUUUGAUUUCAAGUUACGGGCUAGCUACCUCUACAUGUACCUAACCACAAAUACACA